AUGUCUACGCCCACCAGCGAAACAAACAAUUUCAAACCAGUCCGCAACCUCGUUUCAACGCCGGUCACCAUUGUCUUGACCGGUGGUCUUCUUAUCAUUCUCACCGGUUUCUUCUCCUUCUUCUUCUGUGGAUCUUUUCUCAAAAAACUCUUAAUCAUUUGGAACAACCUUAGAAACCAAAACCGUCCCAGUAACCUAAUCCAACCCUCUAUUCCCACCGAGCAUGUUGGCCUUGGCUCUAAGAUCAUUCAAUCAUUUCCAGAGUUUCCUUAUUCGGUGAAAGAGCGUGGCAUGGAUCAAUGUUCCAUUUGUUUGAUAGACUUUAUGGAUGAUGAUACAAUGAGGCUCAUUUCUAGCUGUAAUCACUUCUUUCACACAAUCUGCAUUGAUCUUUGGUUUGAAUCACACAAGACUUGCCCUGUGUGCCGAUGUGAGCUUGAUGUGGAUCAGACAUCACAAGAAAAGCAGCCGGCUAUUCCUGAAAUCGACUUAGUUACAUCUGAAAGCCAUGAAGAGCGUUUGUCUCACGACACUGUGACAAUCAUCGUUCACGAGGAGCAUCCUACCACUACUACAAUUGGUAUUAAUUUAGAUCAAACAGACGAGAAUGAAAACUAUGGAAGGCAAAUGAAAGAGACGAAUUUUGGGUUUUGGAGGUCACAUUCUACUGGACACUCUAUUGUUGUUUAUACCGAAAACGAACAAGCAGAAGAAGAAAAGGAAAAGGAAGAAUUUAAAAUACAUAUUGAGAUCUCUGGAGAAUGUCAAUUUGAAGAUCACAUGUGA